AUGGCGCAGCGCGUCACCAUCCCUGACGACUGUGUCUACGAGGGAUACGGUAGCCUUUACCGCGGGGAGGCGGAGGUGUCACCGCCUUUGCCGACCUUGGAAGAGCACGAUGACGGUGGUGUUCUGUACGGCUCUUUCGAGCACGAGGAUGCUCUGCGGCAGCUCCGCACUGCGCUCCGCGUCGAUGUGCCUCCGCAGCUGAGAGCGCUCACACCAGAAGAGGGGGUUGACAAAUUGGUUUCAUCGCCAGCAAAACCGUGCCGUUUGGUCUGUCCCCCAGAUGCACUGCCGCUGGGCCCGUUGCCUUUUUCCUCCUCAUCGGGGACACGGUACGAGAUUGAUCGAAUGAAGUCACAAUGCCACUUUUUACGCGACUGGCUGAUGUGCCACGAAACCCCUGAGGAACGUGUAGCUGCGAGGGAGUUUGCACGCACGAUGCAACGCCUCCUGCAGAAGGAGUGUGUGGAAGAGCUGUUGGGUCGCACCGACAGUCUGCUCCAGCAGUUGGAGGACUGGCCCGGUGUGGUAGACAAGAUCUGUUCCCGUGCGGUGGAGUGGGACAAGGACACCUCGUUGAGGGAGUUGCAUGACUUUGUCAGGGAUCUCUUUGAGACAGAUGAUAUUUGUGCAAGACUGGCGAAGUUGACACGCCGGUUUUCGCUGCUUGCGCCGUUGCUGGAGGAGGCUGCUUUCCGCGCGGCGGCGCUGGAAGAAAUUCAGCAGUGGUCAUCCGAGAGUACUGUGACCUCUUUACAGACCCUGCGGGCCUCCAUUGAGGGCUGGGGGACGAGGGUUGCAGAGGACCAGCAGAGCAUGUUGGAUAGCUUUCAAUCACUGCUGGAGCGCAUCCUGGCCGUCAAACAUAAAAGAGUGCGAAAUGAGUUGACAUGA